GAACACGUUUUGCAAUGCGGUAAUAUGGCGUCUCGCAUGCUCGAACGAAACGUCAGUUUCAAGUGAUUCGAUCGAGUGCAUUUGCGUAAUUAAAAUUUUAAACAGUACGUACUUCGAGUUUCGGUGUUUCGUAUUAUUAUUGCGCGUUUGCGUUACUGUGAUUCCUCGAUCGUUGUUCCUUGUGCAUUACAAACAUCUUUCGUUGACAAAAAUAACCUAAAAGAAGAUAUGGAAGAGACGUGUUUGGACGAACCUGCGGUAAAUUUCGAAAGAGCUACUCUAGAAAUCGCAAAUGUUGAUCCUGUCAAACCUGCAGCAGAAAGCGCGGACGACACGUCAAAGCGGAGUUCCGCUUCGAAAAAUGUGUGUAAUGUGCCGUUCAGGCAUAUAGAUGUUCAUACAUUCUUCACUGACAGGAAUGAAGUUGUAGAGAGAGCGAUAAAUGACUGCACUGAAAAUCUGAUAAAGGAGAACAAUGAUGAGCUUGUAGGAAGUUGGCUUCUUACAGAAAUAAGUCUGUGGGACACGGAAAAGGAGAGACUUGUAUUGUUAUCACCGAGGGCUCUUUACUCUGUAAAAUACGAUUUUAUUUCUCUAAAAAUACUCGAUUUUAAUCGAAUACCCAUAUCAUUGUUCGAUACAAUAAUUGCGGGGGAUUUGAUUUACCCACCUACUUCUCUUGCACCACGAUUAAGUGGAUUAGCAGAAGGUGUGUCGUCUAUAAUUCAUUGUGCAGUACGUCAAGAAUGGUCGUCUGUUACAGGUUGCUCUAAUCUUACGCAAUUUGAGCCUAGGUAUCACUCUAGUCAUACUCAAUUUGAACCUAGAAAAGAGGAUUUUAAAUUUUUCAGGAAGCGGCAUAUGCCAGGAAUAAGACUUUUGUGGAACAGAGGGCAACCUCUGUCUCUCAUAAAAAAGUGGAAUCCGUUUGCAAAAGAUAUACCAUGGCUCACAUAUGCCAGUCAUCCAUUAUUCUGGUACAAAGCUGGAACUGAAAUUGAAAAAACGAGAUUUGACAUAGAAGCCUUUCAUACCACGCUCAAAAGUUUAUUAACAUCGCAUGAAUGCCAUGUUGUUAAUAUGCCGAUCAUUAUAGAGAAUUAUUGCGGUCUCGGUGCCUUGGUGCACAAUAGAAACGGCUUAGGUUUCUUUAAAAUACGCGGCAAAGUCAGUUUCUAAUUUUUCCAAUUUUAAUCUCAAAUAUUUCAAGGUAUUUUACUGAGCUAAAUAUUUUUUAUUUCUGGAAAUUAUUCUUUUUAUAUUACAUUUGUGGGUUUUCACACUUGUACAAUAUAUGCCCCUCAAAAAAGAAAAAAAGCAAUUGAUAUA